GUCAUUCCGUAACCCGGAAGCAGAUUGCGGUGAAUGACGCGAACCUUUAGGGUCGAAUGGACAGACGGUAAAAAGAUGGCGGAUGACAAGAGCAGUAGCAUAGGCAGUCAUUCCACUAAUAAACGGUUCUGGAGCCCUUCCGUUCGCGGAGCGGCGGUGGUGUUUGUUUGUAUACUGUUGGCCGAGCCUGCGCGAGCCACCACGCACUGGGUGGUGACGGAGGACGGCAAAAUCCAACAGCAGGUGGAUUCUCCUCUUAACUUGAAACAUCCCCACCAUUUAGUUCUUUUCAUGCAACAAGAGACUCGUGUGAACUACCUCAAGAAGUUAGAGAAGCAGCUAGUUGCUCAGAAGAUUCACAUUGAAGAGAACGAGGACCGGGAUACUGGUUUAGAGCAGCGACAUUAUAAAGAAGAUGCUGACUGUGUCACAGCUAAAGUUCCUCUGGGAGACUUAGAUCUCUAUGAUGGCACUUUUAUAUCCCUGGAGAGCAAAGACGUAAAUCCAGAGGAAUUUUUGGAUCAGAUGUCACCUCUACCUCCAGACCUGGAAAAACCUGACUGCGCUAAAAUUCUCGAUCUCCCUUAUAGCAUUCAUGCAUUUCAGCACCUCAGGGGUGUACAAGAGAAGGUAAACUUAACAUCACCCUUGCUUUCAAAGGAUGACCCGAUCUUUACCUCCCUGUCUCUUAAGCUGGGACAGAGUGUGGAUGAGAUUGGGCAUCGGAUACACCAGGCCCUCCUAAAGAAUUCCUCUUCAUGGGUGCUUUAUAACUUGGCCUCCUUCUACUGGCGGAUGAAGAAUGAACCCAGGCGAGCUGUGGACUGUGUGGUCCGUGCCCUCCAUUUUUCUCCAAGGCAGCACAAAGAUGUUGCUCUCAUCAAUAUGGCAAACAUACUUCACAGAGCGCACUUCUCGGCUGACGCCGCCAUUCUCGCCCACGCUGCUCUAGAUCUCACCACCGAUCUCCUAACCAGCCAUUACACCCUGGGCAAUAUUUACGCUAUGUUGGGGGAGUAUAAUCACUCCGUGCUGUGCUAUGAGCAGGCCCUGCAGGCUCAGCCGGGCUUUGAGCAGGCCCUGAGGAGGAAACAUGCCGUCCUCUGUCAGCAGAAGCUGGAGCAGCGGCUUGAGGCUCAACAUCGGUCUUUGCAACGCACCCUGAAUGAACUGAAGGAGUACCAAAAGCAGCAUGAUCAUUACCUGAGGCAGCAAGAGAUGCUGGACAAGCACAAGCUCAUUCAGGAAGAGCAGAUCCUGCGAAAUAUCAUCCACGAGACCCAAAUGGCUAAAGAAGCUCAACUCGGAAAUCACCAAAUGUGUCAUAUGGGCCAGCAGAAGUUCACCCUGCACUGCCCGUUUGACUUGCCUGUACGUUAUCACCGUGGAGAACUGUUUGAAAAUGUCCACUACAUUCAGUUUGGUGAGGAAGUGUCAGUAGCCAGCAGUGUUGCUCUGGUGUCCGAGUUGAGUGUGAAUGAGAGUCACAGUCCUCAGCAGUCCUACACCAUGUCUUUAGGAUGGGAACCUGCAGCCCACUGGGACAAGGAGACCACCUCCACCGAUGAAAGUCAUACGGUGCUGUGGCCCAAGAGGUCAGAUUGUGUGCACCGAUUCCCCACCAUUCCCCCAGUGCACCUUCUUCCCACCUAUUACCUGCCACCUGAGUCCCGCAGCUUUAAGGCUCUGAACAUCCUCUUGGAGAGCAAAAGUCCUCCAUCAUCAGCAAACACGCCGGACUGCAGCUUUAAGAAUCUUGUCACUGCUAGAGACCCACUGGACUCUCUGGCCUGGGCCUUAGAGAAGGAGCUGCCUGACCCACAUGCUGCUGAGGUGUUGCUGAAGCGCAGUGGUGGGAGGAGUUUGGAGCAAACUGGAGAACUGAUUGCUCAGGCUCUGGACAAGAUGAGUGGGCCGCGGUGGAUGAUGCAGAAUGAAGCAGGUCUUUUCUGGCGUGCUAAAGGAAAUGGCACACAAGCUUUGGCGUGUCUGCGUCAGGCGCUCCAUUCUGCCCCUCCUCAGCACAGAGACAUGCCUCUGGUCAACACUGCUAACCUGCUGCUGCACUACGGCCUGCAUGACGAGGCCCAUGAGCUGCUGCAACAGGCCCUGCAGAUCAACCGCACAGAGCCUCACACCCUGUUAAGUCUGGUCAACGUUCACCUCUCUCAGGGAAACCUGACUGGCGCUCUGGCCAUGUUUCGUCGGGCCCUGACUCUCACAGUUCACUGUCCCCAGUGUCGUGCCAGCCUGCCUCUAAUGCGCUGUCUCCAGUUUUACCCCUUCCUUUACAAUCUCCAGCACCAGGCCUGUCCAUCUGGCUCUGGCUGUGAGGCAGAGGAAGACACAGAGCUGGAGGAAUGGGACACGGCCAGCAGCAGCAGCAGCAGCAGGCAGGAGGCCUGGGACACUGAUGCCAUGCCUGUGUCUGCUUUAGAAGACUCUCUCCUCUUUGAGAAGGUUGUGGUGGACAGCAACGGUUCAGGGGAGGCGAGUGGGCAGGACAGGGUCCGAGAGCAAAAGACUGACGGGGUGGAGGAAGAGGAGCAGGACUGGCGUCUGAGAGAAGAGCUGAUAGGAGCAUUUGAGGGGGCUCUGGACAUGAACGGGAAGACAGGGGACCUACGGGGCAUCCGUGUGCUGAAAAACGACAGGGUCAUGGGGGCGAGAGGGGGAGGACCCUGCUUUGGCAACUGUGAGGAUGAUGAGGGAGCUGAAUGGAUAACAUUCCAGGUGAAACGUGUGAAAAAGCCCAAAACUGAUACCUCGGAGGGCUGGGUGGGAGAAGGAGAUGUUCGUCAGGGUGAACCUGCAGCAAGCAACUCCAUCCUUGAGAUCAGUGGACCCACAAUCCCCUCGCCUGGACCCUCAGAGAGAUGGAAGGACUACAGCAGUCUAGGUUGGCCCGGUCCAGAGGAAUGUCAGCGCACACGUCGUGUGGAUCUCACAACUGUGGCUAGUACCUGGCUGGCUGUGUCUGCCAAGAACAUAGAUAUCACAGAGCAUAUAGACUUUGCCACACCACUUCAGGAGCCAGCAGUGGAGCCGGUGUGUAAUGCCAAUCUCCCUGCCAGUAUGCACACACUGGACCAUCUGAGCGGAGUGGCCAACCGCGGAGGCAUUCACUAUACUGGAGAGAGUCAACUCAGAGAGGUGUUGCAGAAUCUGGGAAAAGAUAAAUUUCCCUCACAGUCUUUUGAACAAGUGGGAACACGUAUUGCAAAGGUGUUGGAAAAGAAUCAGACGUCCUGGGUUCUGUCCAGCAUGGCAGCAUUGUACUGGAGGGUGAAAGGUCAGGGAAAGAGAGCCAUCGACUGCCUCCGCCAGGCUCUGAACUACGCUCCUCACCACAUGAAGGAUGUGCCUCUCAUCAGCCUUGCCAACAUCUUCCAAAAUGCGAGGCUAUGGGAAGACGCCCUGACUGUGGCUCGCAUGGCAGUGGAAAUUGCUCCUCACUUUGUGGUUAACCAUUUUACUCUGGCAAAUGUUUAUAUAGCUAUGGAGGAGUUUGAGAAGGCCAUGCAUUGGUACGAGUCGACUCUAAAACUCCAGCCAGAAUUUGGGCCAGCCAAAGAUCGUCUGCGCACCAUCCAGUGCUACCUCCUCUCCAAGAGGGACCGAGCUCCCUGAGGGCACAACGCACGCACACACACACACACACACACACACACACACACAAACAUAACAUUAACAUGCUCCUUAAUCUAAGCUAUCAGUGAGGAACACGUUGUUUGUCUGUUUGUUGUCUUAAUUUCAUAAAUAUAGACCAUAUCAUUACUGUUUAUAAGGUUGGCGUUCAGUUGAGCUAUAAAAACAGUUUCCCUUUUUUCCGAUCUUUACGAAAAUUUUAUGAUGUUGUUUUAUGGCUUAAGGGUUGUUUAUUUCUAUAAAACAUCUUGAUAUUCCUAUAAAGGGAUAUUUUGGCUGGGGUCGAGAUUCAACGUUUGAAUGUGUUGGACUGUAUUUGAAUGCUAUUUUUUUUUAACAAUAAUACCAAUAAUACAAUGCAUCUUUUAGUCUCACCAUAUCCAUAUGUCCCUCUAUCUCAGCAAUAGCUGCUAGGUGUAUAAAGGGUGUCUUAAAAUGUUAUUCAGAAUACAGAUUGUUAAAAGAAACACUGUAGUCUUUUACUUUACACAACCAUGCUCAAAUUUAGUUAUGUCUAAUGGUAACCGUUCAGGCUGUUGUAUGCACUUCUUGUAUCUGCCAUCAGAGCAGGCUGAAGCAUUUUGUACAUCCUCCUGUUGCUUUUUAUUUUUAGCUAAAAAUAUCCAAUACUGCAAACGUGGAAAGGAGAAUUUCCCCUGAUGGUUUACUGUACUGCUUUCAAACUUCGCUGACAUGGAAUAAAUCAUUAGCGUUCAGGCUGAAGACAGAGCCAUUGCAAAUAUUUAAACUAAACUAAAGAUCAGUAGCAAAAAUGUGUUUUUGAGAUUUUAACAGAUGUGUUUUCCUUUCAGUUUUCAAAAGGGACCUUUAAUAAGAUUGUUUUGCUCAAAGUUAUAAAAUACACUACCAUUCACUUUA